GACAGUUCAUUCUGUUACUUAUGGACUUUGGUACGCCCUUACAUUGUCUCUUCACAGUCUACGGUUCUAGUUUGAGCCGUGCCCAAACUUUAGGUUAUAAAUGGUUAAGAAAGAGUCUCCCAACCGAGUGAUUGCCUUUUUCGAGUGGCUAUGGUUCGAGUAUCUCAUAUUUACUGCACUCUACAUGCUUGGAAGUCGGGAAAGGAUAGCCUUCACUAGUUGUUUAGUUGCUUUCCUCGCCACUGCUUGCUAUUCGAGCUACGUGUUCCUGCCUCAUUAUCUUGGCUCUCUACUUCAUUAUCUGGGUUACACUGCUGGCCAGAACUGGGAGUUUGGAAACCACUUGUAAUAGGACAAUUCAUUCCACCUUUCUCCUUCACAAUGGGCUCAAAGUCUGUCACUACAGAGAUUGAAAAGAGAGAAAGAGAAGUAAAGCAAUUUUAUCAUCGAAUAGAAACAGUAGAGAAAGCCCUUAGGCUCCGUGAACUCACUCCUGAUCAGAGGACUGAAUUUGAGAAGGAGCUUGAUCUGUUAAAAACUGUGUUGAAAAACAAUGAAGAGCAGCUGAAAUCUCUUCAAAAAGAAAACUACAAAACAGGCAUCAUUGCAAUGGCUCUCAUCUUUAUUUGUUUUUUAGUUUAUGGUUUACAAGUCAUGUUUUGGAAUAAAUCCUCACAUUAAUGCA